GCUAUAUUUUGAUUUAUUAAAGCCUGUUUCUCAUGUGUAUGCUUUAUUAUCAGUUUGUAACCAUUCAUUGGUAAAAAAAAUACUCCAAUACAUUUCUAUCAAUUAGGGUUUUAUUUUGAAGCGUGUAACCGGAAGUCCUGUUUUUCUGGUUGGCUGACUUGAUGCUAAACUAGCUCACUCGCUUUCCUACGGGCGCUUUUAUUUCGUACAGUUUGGGCAGAAUAGGACGUUUAUUUGAGAGUUUUAUUUAUUUUGUUUACUUUUAAGCGACCAAUGCAGCACAGGGACGCCAUGUUUGAACUCUUGUGAACGCAGAGAGCGCCACAUGGAGGCGGUGGUGAAAAACUUGGCGAGCACCGCGGAGCUGCUAGCCGUGGCUCAGAGCGGUGCCGUGGAGCAGUGGGACAGACAGGCCGUCCAGAGGGCCUUUCAGUGGGCCCGGUACUGUGAGCAGCUGUUUUCACGGUUUCACACCAACCCUGCGGUAAGGGAUGUGAUGGACAAACAACUGCAGCUCUCAAACGAAAGUUUACGAUCCGUCUUCCGGGGCUACACGGAAGUCUCAUUCUCAGAGUUUGCGCGGUGUCAAGAUUUGUUGCUGGUCAGGUUAUUGAACAACCCAGUACUGCCGAGCUCUGUCAUUAAACUGCUUUUGGACGCUCCUUUGAACACUAAUGAAAGCGAUGCUACCGGCCUCUGCACGCAGCUCAUUGAGUGUAAGUCGGCGUGUAAAGUGCUGAGUGCCCUAAACGUGGGGCCCACCUCCGCUCCUGGCGCCGGUGCUGAUGCUGAGCUGCAAGGCCUGAUGCUGAUGGAGAGGCUGGAUGCAAUGCUGCGUCAGGACACCAGGAAAGCAGAGCACUUCCUUGACGCUGUCCUCCAAAACUGUGAAGGAACAGAGGAGAAAGUGUGUUUGGUCGUCGCAGCUGCUCUACUGGCAGGAAAAAACACAGCUGCAGGGAAUGUCUCAGAGGAUUUCCUCUUGAACUGGCUCCAGCAGAAGCACGGCCUCAUGCAGAACUUGUGCUCCACGUUGCCCACUGGACUUUUGCUAGAGCUUGCCAGGGAGAACAUGAAAUUCAGCGUUGCGUACUGCGAUGUGCUGAAAAAGUGGGCUUCAGAUAUGGAGUAUGAUGUAAACGAAGGUGAAUGGGUUCAGACCUGCAGCACAAACACCGAGGUGUCCUUCAAGAAGCUGACUGAGCAUUUCCUGGCCUUGAUUGAGGCCUGCCCCUCGAUGAGAGAAAAUGUAGAAAGAGAACUACAUGUUUUGAAGGUUUCUGAUGGAAACUUUGAUGUCAGAGGACUGAGUGUGUGGGGAGAUCUCCUGUUAGAGAUGAAAAUGUGAAUCACAACUUUGAGAUUAUGCCAGAGCUUGAUAAGGGCCAAAACGAUUCUUUCAGAAAGUUUUCUUAUUUUUGAUAGUAUGGCAGCAUUAGACAGCAGUAGGUUUUUCCAGUGAAAACUGCAAAAGUUGGAUGCCAUCCAGUCAGGCCACACAGGUUUCUUCUCUCUGUUGUACUCUUUGCUUUGUACUUGUGAAAUAUAAUUGCAACAUGGUUGUAAUUCUGAAAUGCAUUUGUAGAAAACAAGACAACACAGGGAGAAAAAAAUUAUAUAUGUAUAUUAAAACACC